AUGAUAAAUCAGACAAAAUUGAAUGAAUUAAUUCUCUCUGGAAUUUCUGACCUUCCCGUUCUUCAACUCCCUCUUUUUCUCUUCUUCCUUCUUAUCUAUCUUCUGACAUUAAUCUGGAAUUUAUUGAUCAUCGUCCUCAUAGUCACCGACUCUCACCUCCAUGUUCCGAUGUAUUUCUUUCUUGGGAACCUGGCCGGUUUGGACCUCUGUAGUUCCUCGGUCACUGUCCCGCGAAUGUUGUUUGAUCUUCACACAAAGAACAGAAGGAUUACCAUACCAGCAUGUAUAACCCAAGUCUUCUUAAUAGAUUUCUUUGCUUCUUCUGAAUCUUUUCUGUUGACUGUCAUGUCCUAUGAUCGCUAUACCGCUAUAUGUCAGCCAUUACAUUACACACAAAUCAUGCAUUGGAAAGUGUGUGUACAGUUGGCCUGCUUUGUAUGGUGCCUUGCUUGUACUAAUGCCUUAAUUCACACACUUUGUGGCUUGAAGUUCACAUUUUGUAAUUCAGAUAUUAUAGAAAACUUUUUCUGUGAUCUUCCCCAGUUGUUUCAGAUCUCCUGCAGUGACGUCUACAUCAACAUUCUGCUCAUCUUUAUCUUUGGUGGUAUUCUCGGAGGUGGGUCUCUGAUACUGACCAUCCUGUCCUAUGUCUUUAUAUUCAGAACUGUCUUAAAAAUGCAGGUCAAAGAUAAAAGGAGUAAAGUUUUCUCUACAUGUACAUCUCACCUGACAGUGGUCUUCGUAUUUUAUUGCUCCAUUUUUUUUAAUUAUUUCCGGCCAAGCACUAACCAACAUUUUUCUGCUGACAAAGUGGUGUCUGUCCUUUACACUGUUAUUGUUCCUCUUUUCAAUCCUCUGAUUUACAGUCUGAGGAACCAGGAUUUCAGAACAGCUGUUCACAAUGUUUUUAGAAGGAUUGUCUCCACCACAAUAGAAAAAGCAAUCUAAAUAAACUCUUCAUUUGUAGAUAUUAGCAAAAUACAGAAGUACGUUCAUUUGACCCAUGCCAAUAAUACAGGGGAAGCUAUUUUUUUUAUAUUUCCAGCUGUAGAAAUUGUUUUAUUUUAAUAUUUCUGAUUAAUACACGG